GCCCUACUCCAGGAGCCGGCCUGCGGAGCGCGGAGAACUGCAACUGCUGAACCAGAGACCGACUUUGACUCAAAACAGCACAAUGGUACAGCCAGGACAGCUCUUUGUGACCAUGGAGCCCCAGCCGGGGCUUCCACUGCAGCAAUUCCACGAGUGGUACAACAACGAGCACGGCCCGACCAGGCUCAGCAUCCCCCAAAUCUUUGUCAACGGCCUCCGCUACCAGGCCACCGACGGCCAGAAGCCGACCUUCCUCGCUGCCUAUGACGUCACGGACAUGUCCCAUCUCGAGACCGAGUCCUACCUCAAGCUCCGAGCAAACCGUUCGCCCCGCGAGGCGCAAACCAUCGGCCAGGUCGACGUCGUCAGAUACUUCUGGGACCUCGUCGAUACAGACCAGUCACCACUGUUCCUCCCCAUCGAGAAACUCACCAACGACGAAGCCGAGGGUAUCAGUCUCGCGGUCGUCCACUUCACGCCCAACGACGAGGCCCAGGAAAAGAAGUUUGAGGAGUGGUACAAGGCCGAGUACGCCCCCGCUAUGUCCAAAGCCACGGGCUGGCUCAGGUCGCGGCUCUACAAGACCUCGACCCUCGAAGGCACCAAAGGUCCAGCCUCCUUCUGGGCCAUGGUCGACUUUGCCAAGGGCACCAGCUUGUCCACGGAUACGACAUUGCCGCCAGCCUCGACAAAGUCCCUGAGCACAAUCGCGCAAGUCAAGGCGCAACGAACAUACUCCCUCUUCUACGUAUUCGGCGCCGGCAAACGCGAUCUGCACCACCUGUCCCAGCUGGACAAGGCUCAAUCGACCUUUGUCUCUGCCGACGAACAGACAAGGACGACCAAUGACCCCGAGCCCGUCAUCGAGUCGACAGUCACCACAGCUGAUGGCCUCGUAAUUCCGUACCGCCUCGAGGGCAACACGGACCCGAAGGCGCCAACAAUUGCAUUCUGCAACUCCCUCCUCACCUCGCUCAAGAUGUGGGACCCCUUCGUGGCCAUACUCAAAUCCAAGAGACCCCAGUACCGAAUCCUGCGAUACGACACCCGCGGCCGCAACGCCAUCCCCUCGCCCCCUACCCCGGCAACCCUAUCUCUGGUGUCCGCGGAUCUCAUCUUCCUCCUGGACUGCCUGCGCAUCGACAAGCUCGACACGCUGAUUGGUGUGUCCAUGGGCGGAGCUACCACGCUGCGCUUCGCCCUCGACUACCCAGACCGGCUCGCCCGAUACAUUGCCUGCGACUUCAACGCGGCCUCGAGUGCCGCCAACACGGAAGCCUGGAAGGGUCGCAUCGCCUUGGCGGAGACGCCGCGCGUCGAGGAGUCCGGGAAGACGGGCAUCCAGCACCUCGCGGGCCAGACGGUGGAGCGGUGGUUCCACCCGACGACCAUGACGGCCAAGAAGGACACGGUGGUGCCGUGGAUGACGGAGAUGGUGGCGACCAACGACAUUGAGGGCUUCCGGUACGGGUGCCAGGCCCUGUGGGACUACGACAUGAAGAGCGAGAUCAAGGGCUGCAAGGUGCCCGGCCUGCUCGUCGUGGGUGACGGGGAUGGCAAAGGCGCUCUGGUCAAGGCCAUGGACAGCUUCCGGGGCCAGAUUGGUCCCAAGGAGGAGGGCGUCGAGCUUGCGAUUGUGCCCGAGGCAGGCCACCUGCCCAUGUGUGAGAGUCCGGAGGGCUUCUGGGCCGCGGUCGAGAAGUUCUUAUGAGGAACCAUGCUUGGAUGUACUUUGCAAACUUUGAUGACAAAUUAACUAGACCCAUGCAAAAGAAGUUCAUCUUGGGGCGCUGCACGAGCAUCCCCCCAGUCAAAUCCACGUGGCUUGGGGAUACUUCUCAUUACCGAUGAUCCCGUCGGAAGGACAAAGGCACCGAUGGUCUCGGCUGCUGACGUUACAGCGUUUCGCAAACCACGUGUGUGCUUUCCAGACACUGGAUGACAAAGUGCAUGCAUGCGGCCAUGCGUCCCUUGCAAGCGAGCAAGCAUGCCACGUGCGUGU